AUGAGUAACACUGUGGAAGAAAGUUGAGUGCCAAACUUUGUGAUUCGAAAGAAGGUUUGCCAAACUUUGUAACUCAAAGGCAGUUGACAGGCUCAAGAACUCCUGAUGAGAAAUAACACAAGUUACAUCUAUCAGCGCCUUAUUUGCUGUUUCCUAAACACCUGUCUUUUGCUCCACGGAGCAUGCGCGAAGCAAUGCGGGCCAGGGAUGCAGACAGAAUAUGGGACUUACCUGAAAGGUCACGUGAUGGAAGAGCGGCCAGGGAUUGGUGUAGAAGGUUGCACUUCCGGUUGCCUUGACCAUGCCGACUGCAAAAGCAUCAACUUCGACCGGGCGACCCACAUGUGUGAGCUGAACAAUGCAAGCAAGGAGGACUUCCCGGAGCACGUUACCCGGGAUCACAGGUCCCUUUACGCCACUAACGACUUCCAUGAAGAGCCGAUCUUCGAAGAAUCUUGCGCUCAUUGGCUGAAACGUUAUCCAGACCUGAAGACUAGGUAUUACUGGAUCAAGACAAAGAACAAACGGAAGAAGAUGAGAGUAUACUGUGACAUGGAAAGAUUUGGCGGCGGGUGGACGCUGGUUGUGACUAUCAACGCCAAGAACAACGAUCAUCUUCAGAAAGCUGAGAACAACUGCGCAGACUCCGUCACCUGCGUGACCUUCACCGAGACUGACAUCCCGGGCAGGAAGCUCUCUGAUGAAGACAUCCACGAGAUCGCAGGGAACGAAGGUGUUUUCCAAGUAGAAGUACCCUUAAACUCAUUGUCUAUUGAUGCUGUCAACAAGAAUGACACUGUCUUCUACAAGAUUCCCAGUGGAGCUCAAAGCUUUGACUCUUCAUGCAAGGGAGACCAGCUUGACUGUCCCCGCAUCAUAGUUUCGUUUGUCUACCCGUACAAGUGGGAGUCCAAUCCGUGCAAUGAUAUUACUGUUGGCUACAAGAUAUAUCCGAAAGAACAUAGCGUUUUCGAUACUCAUGAUAACGGUGAAUGCGGCGAAAGAUGGUUUGGAAGCCGACACUCAGGCAGCCGUAUUACUUAUGGCUUAAUUUACGCCGGGGGUACGGGUUUGUCACCGGGAAACCGCCAAGGCUAUCUUUGGGUGAAGUGAUGAUGAUAAAUUUAAAUAUAUGCUAAGUCAGCUUACCAA